AAGAGUGAAGGAAACGGUAAGAAGCUAAUUGGUUCAUGAUAAAAUUGGAGUUUGGAGAAGGAAAGUAAGAAAGACUAUGAUGAUGUUAUAGAUAGUGGCAACAUUGGAUUGUUGAUUAGCUUCUAAGACAAGGAAAAUCAAUAAAAUGGAGUAGGAAACAGCUUAGUGAAACUUUUUCAUUCUUUUUCCUUUCUGAAGCCUGUUGGUAUUUUUUGACUGCUUCCACUUCCUCUUCCUCCUCAACAUUUCUCUUUGGUGUUUCUUAGUAUUGGCAUGUUGUUACAUGCAAUGCCUAUCCUUCUUUUACUUGAAGCAAAUAUUUUUGUCUGAUCUUUUUAAGGUUUGUGCAAUAAUCAGCAAUACUUGAGCAGCUGAGACAACUCUCCUUAACAUGUCAAUCCUCCGUGUGUUGCUCUUUCUGGGACUCUUGGCUGAAAUUCAUGUUACCUUUUCAUUCACUGAUCCUCAAGACGUUGUUGCACUUCGAUCUUUAGAAGAUGUAUGGCAAAAUACACCACACAGCUGGGGCAAAUCAGAUGAUCCCUGUGGAGCACCCUGGGAAGGAGUGACCUGCAACAAAUCAAGGGUUACUUCAUUGGGACUGUCAACCAUGGGCCUGAAGGGUAAAUUAAGUGGAGAUAUAAGUGGUCUAACAGAAUUGAGAUCCUUGGACUUGUCAUUUAAUAGAGGUUUAACAGGUCCUCUCUCUCCACAGUUAGGAGAGCUAAGCAAGCUAAAUAUUUUGAUUUUGGCUGGGUGCAGUUUCAGUGGCAAUAUUCCAGACGCAAUAGGAAAUCUUUCAGAGUUAUCUUUCCUGGCUUUAAAUUCAAACAACUUCACUGGAAAAAUACCUCCUUCAUUGGGUAAACUCUCCAAACUUUAUUGGUUGGACUUGGCAGACAAUCAGCUGACUGGGCCUAUUCCAGUUUCAACCUCCACUACCCCUGGAUUAGACCUUCUUUUAAAGGCUAAGCACUUCCAUUUCAAUAAGAACCAGCUUUCAGGUUCCAUUCCCCCCAAACUUUUCAGCUCUGACAUGGUACUCAUACACAUAUUAUUUGAUGGAAAUAAUUUAAGUGGGACUGUACCUUCAACAAUAGUACUAGUUAAGACCGUUGAGGUUCUUCGGCUCGAUAGGAAUUCUCUGACAGGAGAGGUCCCAGCAAAUCUCAACAACCUUACAAACAUCAACGAAUUGAAUUUAGCACAUAAUGAUUUCACAGGUCCUUUGCCUGACUUAACUGGAAUGGAUACCCUCAACUAUGUUGAUCUUAGUAACAACUCUUUUGAUCCAUCUGAAGCUCCAACUUGGUUCAUAACUCUUCCAUCACUCACCACUCUUAUCAUGGAGUUUGGAUCUCUUCAAGGUCCUCUUCCAUCAAAACUCUUCGACAUUCCUCAAAUACAGCAAGUGAAACUACGAAACAAUGCAUUGAACAAUACAUUGGAUAUGGGGGACAACAUUUGUCCCCAAUUGCAGCUGGUAGAUUUGCAAGACAAUGAGGUCUCCUCAGUGACACUGAGUUCCCAAUACAGAAAUACAUUGAUUCUUAUAGGAAAUCCGGUGUGCAGUACUGCGCUCUCAAAUACAAAUUACUGCCAACUUCAGCAACAGCCUAAACAACCCUAUUCCACAAGCUUGGCUAAUUGUGGAGGCAAAUCUUGUACUCCUGAUCAGAAGCUCAGCCCCCAAAGUUGUGACUGUGCCUAUCCAUAUGAAGGAAUGCUGUACUUCAGAGGACCCUCAUUCAGAGAACUAUCUAAUGUUAAUACUUUCCAUUCACUUGAAAUGAGCCUAUGGGUGAAAUUGGGUCUAACUCCUGGCUCAGUUUCUUUGCAAAACCCCUUCUUCAAUAGUGAUGAUUAUCUUCAAGUGCAACUUGCACUCUUUCCACCUACAGGGCAAUAUUUUAAUAGGACAGAAAUUCAAAGAAUUGGGUUUGAAUUGAGUAAUCAAACUUACAAGCCUCCGAAAGAGUUUGGUCCAUAUUACUUUAUUGCAUUUCCUUAUCCUUUUCCAGGUUCCCACAAAGCCUCUCUUAGCAAAGGUGUUGUUAUUGGGAUAGCAAUUGGCUGCACAUUUCUGGUUAUGAGCCUCAUAGGGUUAGCUAUGUAUGCGAUUCUGCAAAAGAAGCGCGCUGAGAGAGCCAUUGGAUUAAGUAGACCAUUUGCAUCAUGGGCACCAAGUGGCAAGGAUAGUGGAGGUGCGCCACAAUUAAAGGGAGCAAGAUGGUUCUCCUAUGAUGAGCUCAAAAAGUGCACCAACAAUUUCUCUGAAAGCAAUGAGAUAGGCUUUGGUGGCUAUGGCAAGGUGUACAAAGGGAUUCUCCCUGAUGGGAAAAUGGUUGCAAUCAAACGAGCUCAGCAAGGAUCAAUGCAAGGAGGCCUAGAGUUCAAGACUGAAAUUGAGUUGCUUUCAAGAGUUCAUCACAAGAAUCUUGUUGGCCUCGUGGGAUUCUGCUUUGAACAGGGGGAACAGAUGUUGGUGUAUGAGUUUAUACCCAAUGGAACACUUAGGGAGAGUUUGUCAGGGAGAUCUGACAUUCAUCUUGACUGGAAGAGGAGACUUCGCAUUGCACUUGGUUCAGCCAGAGGACUUGCAUACUUACAUGAACUUGCCAACCCUCCCAUAAUCCACAGAGAUGUGAAGUCCUCUAAUAUCUUGCUGGAUGAAAAUUUGACAGCAAAGGUUGCAGAUUUUGGCUUGUCUAAGCUAGUAUCAGACAGUGAGAAAGGCCAUGUUUCAACUCAGGUUAAAGGGACUUUGGGUUAUCUGGAUCCUGAGUAUUACAUGACACAACAACUUACUGAAAAGAGUGAUGUGUAUAGUUUUGGGGUGGUUAUGCUUGAACUAAUAACUUCAAGACAACCAAUUGAGAAAGGCAAGUACAUUGUCCGCGAGGUACGCACGUUGAUGAAUAAGAAGGAUGAAGAACACUAUGGUUUGAGGGAACUCAUGGAUCAAGUGGUUAGAAACACACCAACCCUCAUAGGAUUUGGGAGGUUCUUAGAGUUGGCACUGCAAUGUGUUGAGGAAUCAGCUUCAGACCGUCCAACAAUGAGUGAAGUUGUGAAAGCACUUGAAACCAUUUUACAGAAUGAUGGGAUGAACACAAACUCCACUUCUGCAUCUUCAUCUGCCACUGACUUCGGAGUUUCUAAGGGUGCUAUGAGACAUCCUUAUAUUGAUUCUACUUUUACUAAGAAGGACAGUGUUAAUGAUAGUAGUAAUGCCUUUGACUACAGCGGAGGGUACACACUUUCAACAAAAGUUGAACCCAAAUAGAUGCUAUAUACAUAUUUUUGUCACACAUCUUUUUCUUUUUCUUUUUCUUUUUUUCAUUCUCAAACAAAAAUAGUAACUUGUUCUGUUCUUCUUUUUCCCCCAAAAACUAAUGUUGUGUAUUUUUUUUACGGUCAAUAGUUUUAUUG